GGAAGCAGUACUUGUGUCUCUUUAACAAGGCAGGAAGUUUCUCUCAAUGCAACAGUGCAUCUGACAGUUGUUGGCUAUCAUGGCGCUUGAUGUAAAAUCUCGAGCAAAGCGCUACGAAAAACUAGAUUUCCUCGGAGAGGGGCAGGUAGGCUGUGAUAGAUAUUAGUUAUUUCGUUGUCCUCGCGUCCAUCUUUCUCACUCGUUGCUUCUGGGUUGUAGAAUAAAGAGCAUAGAAGCAUGCAGCUAUGUAGCAUAAGCUGGUUGUUAAUGUCAACAAAGCGAUGCUUGUUAAAGCAACAGUGAUGCUGAAAGAAAGAAAUGUGAAUAUUGAAGCUCUGCUUUUCUGUGUUCAUUGCUUUUAUUUUGUCUCCCCUAGUUUGCCACAGUGUACAAAGCCAGAGACAAAAUGACCGACACGAUAGUUGCUAUUAAAAAGGUACAAAUUGCUGUGAGUUUGACUUUUGCAUCUUAACGCUGUCCUGAACUGAUCACUCACCCCAUGCUGUUUUUGUUUCUUGAAGAUCAAGGUCGGCCACCGAACUGAAGCUAAAGAUGGUAAAUGUUGCUACAAUGCACACAUACUAAUGCCAAAUAAUAUUAAAUGUAAUCAUUAUUGUGAUUUUAAUCACAUGUUACCUUCCUUUCUAUAGGUAUUAAUAGGACUGCUCUCCGAGAAAUCAAACUGCUGCAGGAACUUCAUCAUCAGAACAUUAUUGGGGUUGGUUACUCUUUAAUAUAUUUCAGUAUCAUUAUAUCUUUAAAUGUACAAGAAAAAAAAAAUUAGGGGAGAGUGGGGUAAGUAGUAGGGAUACGGAUCAAUUUACCCCGCUACUGUGGUCAACUUACCCCAUACACGGGGAAAGUUGACCAUUGGAGACCACUUUUUUUUUGGUAUGCUAUAUUAUCAAGACAGUUAUGUUUACACUUAUUCUGUUGGUUUGCAGGGAUACACAACAUCUUGAAAUAUAUGCAGAUACACUAGUUAGGGACCAAACUAUGAUUGCCUUGAUGUAGUGAUCUGAAAUAUGAGAAAUGGCUUAUCUUACCCCACUAUCCCGUAAGCUUUCUAUACCCUAACUAUUCUUUCACAUAUUGAAUUUUCUUUUGGGGAUAAAUAAGGUUAUUUUUAUUGUAUUUGCUCAGAUCAUAUUGAUAGUGAUAUUGAUGUUCACUCUGCUUUCAGCUGCUUGAUGCUUUUGGACACAAAUCCAACAUCAGCCUUGUGUUUGACUUUAUGGAAACGGAUCUGGAGGUGAGAUAUUUCCUUUAAUCAUAAGGAGGAGUUGAUGUAACGAGGAGUUUUAGAAUGUUUUAUAUUAAACUAUAGACUUGUAGUAAAAAGCUGCACUGAAUUCUUAUUUCUUAUUUUCAAUCAUUAAAGGGUUAUUCCAGCGUAAAAUUAAUUUAGAGUCAAACACACCGUAACACUGAGUUAGACACCCCCUCGAGAGAUGAAUGUUGCCCACUGCUUGUUUCUCAAGUUAUACCAACUUUAGUAACGACCGCACGAUAGCAAUACACAGCGGUCUAAGGAGCCACACACAAACCUCAACCAAAACGCCACUCUAAAGCCAGAAAUAAUGCUCAGAACAGCACCUAACUUCAUCAACAGUACAUAUAGGGUCCCAGCCAUAGCACUAGCCACCAAACAUCGUUUUAACUUUGCCUGAUUUCUUUAGCAAAGAAACGAAACACAACUCACCUACUCUCUUCCAGCAGCUGCUUGUUUGUAGCGAGACCUCAGGCCAGUCCAUUACGGACUGCUGCAGGUUGACACAGCUCAAGGAAGAACAUUUAUGAUCAUUUCUUCAUGGAAAUGCAGUCAGACCAAGACAAGGCAGAAGAACUACCGCAUCUGCAGUGCAAAAUGAUUAAUAUGAUGAUUAUUAAUUCAAGGAAAUUAUAAAGAAAUGAUCCUAAAUAUUCUUCCUUGGGGGUGUCUCACUUGGUGUUACCGUGUGUUUGACCCUAACUUAAUUUUAUGCCGGGAAUAUCCCUUCAAGCUCAAUAAGAUGCUUUUAAAAGAAUUUGCUUGUAAAACUCUAAACUAAAGAACAGGCCAAAGAUUGCUUUAAGAGAACUGAUCAACUAUUAUUGAGAGGUGUAGUGUAAGGUGGCAUAUAAUGUAACUUGGAGAAUAUGAGCACAACAAAGCUGAUAGCAGUAGGAGUUGCGAGGUUUUCUAAGGUCACAAAGGCUGUGAGAGUUCUCUCCACCUCCCCUUCCUUUAGGUGUUUUAGUGCAGUAGGCUCCAGAUAGGCGCCCACUGAGGAUACAUCAGGCUUUUACAGAACGAUGCAAAACAAGAUAAGCAGGCUGUAAGAAAGAUCAAUACCACUCUGCUCUCUGCUCUGUCAAUGAAUUGAUGCCAUUAGCAGCAUGCAGACACACAGAAAAGCCAUGAGGAUGAAAUAUGAUGCUCAUCUCAUUACUGAUACUAAAAAGCUAUUUUAGGCCCCAUGCUUAGACUUGAGUGUUAGAGCUUAUCAGUCACAGAUGUCAGAAGCUUUUCCUGCCAUUAGCUUGACCUAGCAGGUUACGGAAGCCAGUGUUAUCCUGAUGUGGGAGUGGUGGAGGAUCUGGGAAAGAGAUUGUCUGAGCUGUGUUGUUCAGCUAUUUCUUUAUGGAGAGAUAUCUUUGUCUAAUUCUCUCAUCUCCUCUGAUAAGAGUAUAUUCCAAUGAAAAGUGUAGUCUACAUCGAUGAGUGCAUAUAAAUAUUUAAAUUUAAUGGAUGACUAGUCGGAUUUGUGAGGGAUCCUGAUGCACUAAAGCCGGUUUAAAAUCUUCAAGGUGAUCAUCAAAGACACCAGCCUCGUCCUGACUCCAGCCAACAUCAAAGCAUAUAUCCUCAUGACCCUACAGGGAUUAGAGUAUAUGCACCAACACUGGGUCUUACACAGGGUAAGAAAACUUUUACUACACACACACACACACACAUACUCAUAUCCUCACACACAGUCAGUAAAGUACAUUUUACUGCUUUGGUUGUCCAGGAUCUGAAGCCCAAUAACCUGCUGUUAGAUGGUAAUGGAAUCUUGAAGUUGGCUGAUUUUGGUUUGGCAAAAGCAUUUGGUAGUCCAAACAGAGUCUACACACAUCAAGUUGUCACCAGGUCAGUGCUUUUUGUUUAUUUUAUCAUUGUAGACUUUUUGUACAUUCUCCUGAUAUUCUCCAAUCUGUAACAGCCUUUGAUUGAAAGUUAAUUGCAUCCAUAAAUAUCCGCAUACGUAGUCUUCUUUUAGUUGAAAAAUCUCAAGGUUAACCCAAGUGUGGGGGGCUUCUUUGUAGUCCGUCAGUAUGAAGCAUCUAGUAAAUGGGUAAUGAUAAAAGUAAAAGCUUUCGUACAAUUUUUUUUUUAUCAGUUGUAAAAUUGAUCCCUGUUUCCCUGUUGAUGAAUCUUGUCUCAGGUGGUACCGCUCCCCCGAGCUCCUGUUUGGUGCCAGAAUGUACGGUGUGGGUGUUGAUAUGUGGGCUGUGGGAUGCAUCUUGGCAGAGUUACUUCUGCGGGUACAUAGACCUCAGAUAUAUAACCUUAGAUAUUUAUACAGUCAUGUAUGAAUGAAUGUAUCAUACAGUAAAUAAUGUAUGCCGCUCCCUGUAGAUACCAUUUCUUGCUGGAGACUCAGAUCUCGACCAGCUGACCAAGAUCUUUGAGGCCCUUGGAACACCCACAGAAGAGACAUGGCCUGUUGGUGUCUGAAUUACCCAGUCUUUGUUAACCUGAUUUACUGCUCUAACAUAAGAGGAUACUUUAAUUAAUUUGUUUGUUACAUAUCUUUACAGGGGAUGACGAGUCUACCGGACUAUGUGUCCUUCAAAAUAUUUCCUGGCACACCUUUGGAGCAUAUAUUUAGUGCAGCAGGAGAUGAUUUACUGGAGCUUCUACAGGCUCUCUUUACCUUUAACCCCUCGACAAGAGCCACAGCUACACAGGUAAGACGAGGAACAGCAGCUCUCUCCCAUCCAUCCAGUUUUUGCUCACUUUCACUCACUUCCGUUGUCUUGUAUGGUUUAUUGUAGUCAGCUGAAGCCUAAAUGUCUUACUGUCCAGUUUGCAUAUUUAAUCUCAAAUUACCUUAAUUGCAUUGCACCAGUGUUUGGCAUUUACAUUUGGGUUUAGGACUUUGACAUUGAUUUAAACAUGUAUUCUGUUGUCCUCGUUUCCAGAACUGAUAUCAGGUUCAUUUCAAAUACCACAGCCCUUCUCGAUAGCUUUUACUAAACUUAUACAGGUUGGACAUUUCUGAUAUGUAGAUAUUUCAAAAAAGUGAUUAAUAUAUUAUAACAUGUGUCACUGAAAAAUGUAUCCUAUUAAAAACAGUGAUCAGCUUGUCAAAACAAUGCAAUGUUGGGAAAUUGAAUAUUUAAGUCAAAGCUUUUUAUGAUAGAUAGUUUUUUAAAUGGCAAGUUUGAUGUAAACAACUUUAAGGAAGUUAAAGACUUAUUUAUUCUCCAAGCUUUCUGUAAGAGAUGUAAGUAAUUAGAUUUUAUUUUUUAUAGCUGAAAACAAUUGUUUCUUCAUAGUCCAGAUGCAUAAUUAUAAUUAUUAAAAUUAUAAUAGUCUGUGCAGCUUAUGGAGUCCAAGACAAAUUUCCCUAAGGGGACAAUAAAGUAUAUCGUAUUGUAUCGUAACGUAUCAUAUUGAAUGUCAUGUAAAAUACAAAAGGUAAAUAACUGAUAGGCAGGUUUGAAUUAUUUUUUUGGAGCAGCAGUUCUUUAUUGAAGGUUUUUGCUUUUUAUAAAACAUCAAGCUUGAUUGUGACAAUAAUAACCCUUUGUACAUAAUGUGUGAUGGCUUGCAUUUGUAGCUGAAGGAUUUGAUGAAAAUUGGCAGGUACUUGUGUGAUUAUUCAGUGUGUAUUAUUUUUUUAUUUCCUCUAUUGUUCUCCAGGCACUAAAGAUGAGGUACUUUAGCAAUAGACCCGGUCCUACUCCAGGUCCACAACUCCCUCGACCCAAUUGUUCAGUGGAGGCUCUGAGGGAGAGGGAAACAAUGGGGCUAAAGAGGAAAAUUGAGGGCCUGGAGACAAGUAAGUAACAUGAAUCCCUCAUUGUUGCUCUAUGUACCUAUUUAAUCCACCAAGUUUACAGAAUCUUGACAUACCCAUAGUUAAAUAAAACAGUUGGGUAAUGUGGACUGAGCUCCAAAAAUGGAAAGUUUAUGCUAUAAAAUGUCUGAGGCUGAUUUAAAAAGGAGCUGGUAAGUUUAGAACAACCCACUCAGACCAAACUUACAUAUGGAAAGUUGUGAAUUUUAGCCCAAAGAACCAAGAACCCAUGUGUUCUCAUGGUCAUGCACAGCGCAGGCAAGCACCAAGAAAACCACCAAAGUGAAGCUAGUAAUUCAAAGGGAGUUGGCUGCACUUUCAACUGCAGUUAGCGACUCAGAAUAAAGUGAAGCAGAACAUACACAUACACACACAUGUAAAGACUGUUUAGUGGAUUGUGGCAGUAGGGAAUGUUUUAAUGAAGGACAGUGUUGGUGUUCCUGGGAGGUUCAAAGCUUUUCCGGCCCCUGUGGUUUUGAAAAUGUCUAGGUUCCUUAUAGCUGUUCUCCAUGCUACAGUAUAUUACAGUGGGAAAUUUAAAAUGAUUCCUUAAACUCGAGUGGUUAGUGCGUUGCUUAUUAUAGGUUUGUUGAAACACAUUGAACAUUUUUGAUAAAUUAUAUCCCUUAAAGUCCUUUUUAUUAGGUUUGUGACGCCUGUUUUUAUGUUACUUCCAGCUGUGAUGAAGAAGAAGCUUGUUUUCUGACCAGAUGGGACAUGCUUCAUCUCAUCAUUGAUCUUCACCCCCACAUGCUCAGCUUUCCUUCAUCACUCAGGAUUCUCUGCUGGAAUGAAAUAAAAAUGUCAAAUACCAGAAGGAUAAGGCUCAGAUGGGCUGGGCUUAAGGACAUUUUAGAGACGUUCAGCAGGGAAUGUUUUUAAACAGCAGAGGCUGAUUCUGGGUCAGUUGAGUCAACUCCUUAAGCUCUGGGAGCCUGUUGGAAUAUGUCUAUUUAUACAGCUAGAAAUGAGAGCUACAAGGCUUGAAGAAAAAGUGUUUGAUUUCAUGUAUGUGUAUUUUUAUUUUUUGUAUGCAAGACCAAUAAAUGGUGCAAAUGAACAUCACAAGUUUUGUUGUUAAGUAGAGUUUUGGGAUUACUUAAAGCUCCUGUGAGGAACUUUAAUUUUGUGUCAGUUUUGGCACCCUCCUGUGGACACAGCAGUCUCUGCUAAUCUUGUCCUCUAUAUGCUUAGGUAGUAUUUACAGCUGAUUGACUGAUACCUACCCCCUCACAGUGGUUUCAGGCAUUAAAAAUUACAAUAAAAAUAAUCUGAUGGUCUUUUUCACUUUAAUAUUUAUUUUUUUUAUAUUGAAUUUAAUCUAACAUGAAUAUGAAUUUCAGCCAAUUACAUGCACGUCUAAAAAAAUCCUUACAGGAGUUUUAAGCUUAUGAAACUCUUAUAUUCAGAAAUCAAGCAGUAUCUAUUAUCAGUUAAGGUUCUGCUGGCUCAGAAAUUCACUCAGCAGCCCCACUUUGGUCAAACUGAUUCCACAUCAAAAGCAUCUACACUGUUUCCCCCUUGAGUAUGUGAGGUUUAUUAGCUUAGGAUGUUAGACAAGAGUCAGAGGGAGGGAAGUAUGCCUGACAGUGUGUGAUUGAAUGGCAUAAGCUCUGUCUUUAGAGCUUAGACAGGUUGACGCUAGGCUUGACACCAGCUCAUGCAUCAGAGUCCCACUAAACAUGUCUUCCCAGUGUCUAGUCCUCUCAACAUAACCGAGCCAAUACAGUCUGACAAGUCAGAGGCCUGAUGCUCUGGCAGGCGUUCAGCUGCUCUUUUGGUUUUCUGUCAAAUAGAAUCAGAUUUGAGAAUGAAUCAAGAGGGAAGAAAAAGAAGACAGUGUGUUCAGAAAAGGGCUGCCUUGUGUGGCGGGUGUUUAUUCAUAGAUGUUCACAAUACAGCACUGAGAGGGGGCACCGUGACUGUGUGGUGACGUCGGAUGACUACAGAAUAUGUGUUGGCUUAUCAGGUCAGAUGACAGGUUUUGGCCAACACCAGCACAGCCCGCGCUACAGUAUCAGCCUUAUCAGCCAAGGCAGUUUUAUUGGCCAAGAAAACCACAGUUGCCCACAAUCUGGUACAAAAUGUCACGUCAGGGAUUUGUGGGAGAAACCGAUACUUGCCCAUGUGUCUGAAUCACAGAGAUGUGUGUGUGGGUUGAACUGCAAAAGGAUGAUUAAGACCACAUUAUGAGCAAUAGAGUAGAAUUCAAUCACAAGUAAAAGAUCUCUGUGUGCAGAAGUGCUCUUUAAUAAAAAUAAAAAAAAACGACUGUGGUAUGGAACUUAGUAAGUACAGCUUUAUACUCCUUGCAAUCCUUGUACGCCCAUAGGCUGCAUCAAGUGUCAAUCAUAGAAAACAUGAACCCCCUAAUAACUUUUAAAAACGAAGCUGCACAGAAAAAAGAGGACUUGAGCACAAACCAGUCUUACAGUAACUACAUGUCUACAUCACAAGCAGGGGGGAGAAAAAAUUACGUUCUGUGUAAUAAAUUUAUAAAGUUUGUCCACAGCUCCAUCAGGAUGGCAGGAGGAGACGAGAUUUAUGACCUAUACUGCAGCCCGUCACCAGGGUAUGUGUCAGAAUAAUGUGUAUAAAUGUAUAUAGAAGUUAUCAUCUUACUCAAAUUCUUAUGUAAGAGUUUGCUACAAGUAUGAACUGUUUUAACCUCUUGUUACACAUCAUAUAAGAGUGUUUUCUAACUUCUCUCUCCAAUAGCUUUAUUACACAGCACAUGAAUGUUUCUUAACUUCUCUGUAACCUUGUUUCUCCUAUCAGCAGGUGUGUGUGUGUGUGUGUGUGUGUGUGUGAUGUAUCCUCCACUGUGAAUCGUAGGAAGUAAUGAGGAGGAUCCGCUCCUAUCAGAAGGAGCUCAUUUAAUGUCAACAAUGUUGCCCUGACCCUCACAUAUUCUCUGUUGUUCAUAAUUAUGCUUUAUGAGAGUGCUUACGUUGCUGCACAUAUUUUUCCCCCAUCCUUUAGAAACAUUGUGUAACCAGGGACAACCCUAAAUAAAGAGACUGGGCGGAAAUACCUUUCAGAGUGGUUUUGAGAUUGUACCUGAUACUAUCUCUGUCCAUUCUCCUCGAGUAUA